GUGCGCGCCUGUGAUUGGUCCACACCUGUGCGCUAGCAGAAACCCCGCGACACCGGGGCGAGGUGAGACUGUCCUGGCUGAACUCUGGACAUGACCCCGCGCGCGCGGAGCUCCACGCAGAGACUCGUUUAGGAUCUGAAGGAGUCUGGAGUCUCAGGAUGAUGCGUUUCUUGCUGCUGUUCAGUCGUCAGGGGAAACUCCGGCUGCAGAAAUGGUUCACGGCUCUCAGCGAUCGCGACAAGAAAAAGAUCAUAAGAGACGUUACACAAAUGGUGCUGGUGCGACCGCCGAAGUCCUGCAACUUCCUGCAGUGGAGGGAUCUGAAGAUCGUCUACAGGAGGUAUGCAAGUCUGUAUUUCUGUUGUGGUUUGGAGCAAGGAGACAAUGAACUGCUCACACUGGAGCUUCUGCACAGAUACGUCGAGCUGCUGGAUCAGUACUUUGGCAAUGUGUGUGAAUUAGAUAUUAUUUUUAACUUCGAGAAGGCAUACUUUAUCCUGGAUGAGUUUAUUAUUGGUGGAGAGGUGCAGGAGACAUCCAAAGCAUCUGUGGCCAAAUCAAUGGAGGAGGCGGAUUCUCUUCAGGAGACGAUGGAGGAGUAUGUAAACAAACCCACAUACUGAAGAAACAUGUUCAGAUCAACACAGCCAUCACCUCACUCCUCAAAGACACAACAGCAAGAACUUCAAAUGCUGAAUGUAUUUAAUUGAGCUUCCAUACAGAGUCACAACACUGAAGUAGCAACACUUUGCAUUAGUAAGCAUUUUAAACUACUUUUGAGAUAGUGAGAAUACUAUUCUUAAAUUAUAGGAGUUUAAUAGGUAGCACAUUUGGUUUUUGACAAUCAGGAAGAGAUACACUCAUGUACACUAAUGGAGUCAGUGUGUAUAUAUAUAUAUAUUUUAAAUAGACAUAUACUUUCAUUAAUCAAAGACGCAUUAAAUUGAUCAAACAAAGACAUUCAAAAUGUUAAAAAGAUUUCAAAUAAAUGCAGUUUUUGAUUUCCGAAGGAUCAUGUGACACUGAAGACCUGAGUAAUGAUGCUGAAAAUGCAGAAAUAAUUAAUUUUUUAAAAUAUGUUCAAAUAGAAAUGUUAUUUUAAAUUGUAAUAUUUCUCAAUAUUAUGGUUUUUACAGUAGUGUAAAUUGUGGGAUAUUUGAAUACACUGUGAAAUUACCCCUCUGGUUUCUGUUCAUUGUGCUGUUAAUUUUAUUUUGAUGUAAUUUUUAUUUUGUGCAGAGUUAUUGACCCAUUUUUUUUAAUUAAAUAAUAAAAUGCAUUUUAAUAACAA